AUGCGUCGCUGUGUUCGGCAAGCUCCGGUGCAGCCAUCGCUUGGACGCGGUCCAGAGCGACUGUACCGCGCUGUCCAUCUUCAAAUAGGGGGACCUCAUGGUCGUCGCCAACGCCGACGACUAUCGGGUUGUUAUGGGCACCGCAUCCGACAAUGGCGCCGUCACACCGUUCGGCUCAUCAUCCACCUGAAGCUCAACAUCCCACAUUUAUGUAGAGGAGUAACACAUCCGGUGGUGCAACGGCUAGGUGUACUACCUCGCUGA